ACUCGUCGCCGCCUCCUGCUGGCUGUGCGCUCGGAAUGAUGUUUCCGAUUUCUCCUCCAAACGAAGCGAUACCCGUCUUGGCGGCUGCUUGGCAGCUGCAAAUAGAGAGCUAGUGGGUCGCGUGCCGCAGCCGCGAAUUCCCACGCCUCCUUUCAAAGGCUAAUAAGCUCGGACACGCCUCGCACGAGACCGGAUCUUGAGAUAUCAUCAUAUUAACCACUGCUUGGCUCUGCAACCAAGACCCAGUCGAACAAGGGAGGAGUCUUGGCUCAGUGGCAAGGACCCAUGAGGGAAGGAAGGACGCGCAGACGUUUGCGAUUACCCUGGCAAUGUCUCGACAACCGUAAGUAGCAAAUGCCGCCUAGCCAAAUGCCACCGACCUUCAUCCAUACCGACAAUUCAUACAGGUUCCGCGGCCUUCCGCUCCAUCUGGUACACGGCGCUGCCUCGCCCUGAAGUCAUCAUGCGCUACGCUGCUGCUCUGGUGCCGCUACUUGUCUCCUUCAUCCUCUUGUUUGCGGCGAAGCAAAUCGCGCAGCCACCAUCAGAGCUACGGCCCAAGAUUUUCAUCAUCGGCUUGUCGAAAACCGGCACGACCUCCAUUGGCGAUGCGCUUGCACUGCUCGGUUACAAGCGUCUAGGCUGGAAAGACAUCCGCAGCCGGCACCUCGUGCAUACCUGGGCUAACGGAGACGUUGAUGCACUCAUAGACCAGACUCACUACUAUGAUGCAUUCGAGGACUUACCAUGGCCUUUCAUGUACCGCCAGAUGGCUGAAAUGUACCCUGAUGCGAAGUUCGUCUUGAGCUUGCGGAAGGACGAGCAAACUUGGCUUAGAAGCAUGCGCCGUCACGUGAGCAGAGGUGAGUGGCUGCCAUACGAGUACUUUUACGGCGCAACGGAGGUAGACGGCCACGAGGACGUCGUGCUGCACUCCUACCUCAACCACACCGAGAAUGUCCGGGCAUAUUUCCAGCACCAGCCGCACCGCUAUACCGAGCUCAACAUCGACGACGGUGACAUGAACUGGAACGUGCUAUGCAGGUUCGCAGAGUGUCCAGCAGGCCGUGUACCAUCGAUACCGUUUCCCAAGAGCAACACUGCCGCUCACUGGAAGAAUGGCCCAAUCAUUGAUUCCCUUCACUUCCUCUGGGCCUGGUCUAUCACCCGCAUUGAGGAGCUGACCUCAAGCUCGUAUUAUCAGGGUGGCUGGAGUAGCAUCAACGCCGUGCUGCUCGUCAUCUGGAAAGUGAUAUCCGUCAUUGAGCAGGCGUGCUCGGAACUCUACUUCAAGGCUACGAUGGCUUUGGCGAAACCACUGGAGUUUGUAUGAGGGCAGGAACUCAAGACCUAGCGAUAGACCGAUGGCAUAUUGCCAGACAGCGCUACGCCGGAUAUACUGACAUGCGCUUGCAGCGUUAAGGUGUCAUGAGCAUACCUCGAGCUUCACCGAGAAUGCCGCCAAGUGCUGGACGGUAAUU